CUCGCCCUCGGCGGCCGUGAGGGCGGGGCGUGCCCGGGGCGGGUGUGGCGCAUGCGCGGCGCGGCUGAGCUGUGGCGGCCCCGCGCCCAGUUCCUCAAUGGAAAAGGUGUUAAAAACUGCCCAUGGCACUAUGGAAACACUCGGAGAAAAUAGUCAUCUACUGACACUUGAGAGGAGUUGUUGGGCAGAGUGACAGAAAUGAAGAGCUUCAACCAUCGCUUCAGUAUGGCGGCAGCUGAAUCUGACAAAGACUCCGGAUAUUCAGAUGGAAGUUCAGAAUGCCCAAGUGCUAUGGAGCAAACGGACUCCGAGGAUGUGCUGAACGCGCUGUGUUGGAAUGCAGAGGAUGGAUCUUGGCAAUGUCCGAGGACCACAAGCAGCUCCUUUCCUGCACUGUCUCCUAUGGUUGUUAUGAAAAAUGUGUUGGUUAAGCAGGUAGCUGUUCUGUACCCCUAUUCCAUAAGCAUCUUGCCCACUGAACCAAAGAAACAUUGUGUCAGAGGGAGUUCAUCACAGCUCCAGUCUUGGACCGUGCAGCCAUCUUUUGAAGUGAUUCCAGCUCAGCCACAGCUAGUGUUUCUUCGUCCAUCAAUCCCACCUCCCAUUAAUCCUCACCCUGUUGGGAAAAAGAGAAAUGACUCCACUAAUUACCUGCCGAUCCUGAAUUCUUAUCCCAAAAUAGCACCACAGCCAUGCAAAAGAGAUCACUCCUUUGAUCUAGAAGAAUGUCAGGAAACCACUUGCCAUAAACGACUCUGCACAGAAGCACCCAAGGUGGAGACUUCUCCCGGACUGAUGAGCACAGGCUUGCCUACUAGUUCUUUUUCCCACCAACCAGUUAGCUUUAAGACACCUCAGGAUUCUAGCCAGCAAAGUUCUUCAGCUCUGGUGACAAGUGGAAAACUGUCAACUCUUCCUGGUUUUCAUCAUGUUUCCAGUGAUGCUCAGAAAGUGCCAGGUCUGACUCCCCUUUUGCCUUUUGGAACUCUGCAGGCAACAAAGCGCACGCUUCAUGAGAGCGAGAGUGCGUCACAGACUACAAUGCCUUCUGCAGCGUGGAGCCCUCCAUUGAUACCAGAAGAGGUUUGCACUACCCCCGAGCUGCUCUUGCAGCAGCAAAGCAAGUGCAGACGCUUUCAGAAUACGCUUGUUGUGCUACGUAGGUCGGGAUUGCUGGAGAUCACUUUAAAAACAAAGGAGCUCAUUCAUCAGAACCAAGUGACGCAGGCUGAGCUGGACCAGCUGAAGCACCAAACACAGCUUUUCAUAGAGGCAAUAAAGAACAAUGCACCACAGUCAUGGGCAGAGCUAGAAGCAUCUCUAACAGGAUCUGAUAAAGCUGAUAGCAACCUCGAAGACCCCACUUAUCCCAACAUGUAGUAAAAAUGUGCAUAGCUGUUGGUCAAGUUAUUUCUGUGCCUCCUUUUUUCCUGUCUCAAACUUCUACUUGAGCAUUUUUUGAGUCGAAGAUUUGCAAAGUUGCAUUGCCAUUAACAAUUUGUCUUCAGAGCCAGCUGUGGGACUGGAAUAGCAUGGUGGGUUCAAGACAGAAUGGGUAAUGAAGAAGUUUGUAUGUGCUCUGCUGGCAUGUUCCCAUUCUUGAAGUGAAGACAGUCAUCUGCAGUAUUCUACAAGCAUCUUUUUAUUCCCAUCUUCAGAUAGUUGUUUCUGAGAGUGCAGCAGCAGAACAGGCCCACUGUUCGACCAUCAUCAGUUCCAAGUAGAUGAAGGGAGUUGGUGUGAGGUGAAAUAAGUCCUCCUCCCAUCCCCUUCCUUAAUUUUUUUAUUUAGAGAAAUGGAAUAGAGUGGAGAAAUUGAAGUUCAGAAUAGGUAUUUUAGGAAGCGAUUGCCCUAGAAAACAAGAUGAUGGGCUCAGGGUACCUAGAGAUGAAAGGGAGGCAGAAAAAAUGAAGUCCAGUCAUAGCUGUUUGAGACAAGGAAAAAUUAGUCUACCAGUGACCUUCUCCAUUCUAUUUUCACUGCUCAAGUAGAGUAUAAAGGAAUGAAAAACUUGCUUUGCAGGGCAGUACCCUCUGACUUAGGGAGACUUAGCUGGUGGAAAUCUCUCGUAGUCCCUAGAGUACCACAUGGACUUUUUCCCUGACAGUAUGGAGGGUGGGCUGAAGUGGGUGUGCUUACAGCUAAUGGGCCUUUCUGCUGGUGUAAUUUUUAUAUGUUCAAUAAAUCUGUGAAUAAAGUUCAGCAGCUGGUUAGAAAUCUCCUACUGGGCAUCAGUCCAGACUUAAAUAGUAUUUACUGAACUAGAAAAAUCCACUCUGGAACUCAUAUUUAAAUCUGGGGCUCCUUAGGAAGCAUAUCCCUGGAUAAUGGGAAACCUUAACAUCUAUAAAGAAUGAGGAUGUUGAAGGUCUCUGGUGAUAAAUAUGUCAUCAGGUACCAUUCUGUUCAGUUUUCUUAGCUGCCUUUAUUCCUGGGAGCCCUGAUAAAGCUUUAAAACGAUAAGGGCUUUCCUUUCUUGGCUGCAAUGGUAUAAAAUAGGUUAGCUUGGAAAUGCAUUUGGAAAACUAGUUGACUGCAUCAGGACCAGGAUAAGUCCAGAUUCUGGGCAGGAUCUGAAAGUGGUCCAGUAGAUUUGAACAGAAAUGUUAGCCUCUGAAUGGAAGCUGUAAGCAAUGAACUCACAGCUUCUUUUGAUCCUCAAAGCAGCAAGAUUUGGUAUUAAGAAGUUAGCUAGAGACAGCUGUCUUGGUCUAAUCAGUCCGAUGGCCUGCUACAGCUUCAGCUGUUGCUGACAACUUUACAAGUGGGGUAGCUUGAUGGGUCAGACAGGCUGAUUUUUUUGUAUUAAGUUUUAAUAAAUGUUGGUAUUUUUGAUUAUUUUUACUAUGUCUUUUUGAAAUUCUACUGUUCUAGUUGGAAUGUAGGUAUUUUCUGUACUUUCAAAGCCCGUUGCUAGCUCUGAAUACAGUAGCCUAACACCUCUGUUAAAGAACAUGACUUUUUUGCUAAAACUUUACAGAAAUUGACUGUGAAAUAUGAAUGAAAUAAAGUAUGUACUUGAAAAGUU